GCUUUUAUGUACGUCAUCAAACCGCGCCGAUAAUCGCACCAAACAUAAAAGUGUCAACAGUCGCAGCGGCGGCAGCGUUUUCUGGACGACUUCGGUGGUCGUGGUUAUGAGCAGUCCCAUGGCUGGCUCUGCUGCCUCCAGUUCCAAAGACCGUCCAGCUUCCAGGACCAGUUUCAUCCCAGAGCUGCAGAGCAUGAUGUUUGCUCUGGGAGACGCUCGCCGGCCUCUGCUGGAGACGGCAGCGCUGGUGGAAGACAUCGUGCACACGCAGCUCAUCACUAUGCUGCAUCAGGCCUGCGAGGGCGCGGCUCUACGCGGCUCGAGGGUCAUUUCAGCGGAGGACAUCUUGUUUCUGAUGAGGAGGGACAAGAGGAAAGUGGCGAGGCUGUUGAAAUAUCUCCAGUUUAGAGAUUAUAAAUCCAAACUGCUCAAAACUGUGGAGGACGAUGACACGCAGCCAGAAAUGGGUGCUGCUGGCGUUGCCCAGCGGAGGCAGCGAUUGGCCCAGGAUUUUCUGGUGUGGAUGGACCAGACCGGCGACCUUCUGUCAUUGGCCGAGCGGCAGGAAGUAGACCCUGUUAAACAAGAGCGGAUGGAGCGUUUGGAGCGUCAGACUCGAGCUAUGGACCAGGCCCAGUACGCCGAGUUCUGUGAGAGUCGACAGCUCAGCUUUGCUAAGAAAGCCUCAAAGUUUCGGGACUGGCUCGACUGCAGCACCUUAGAGCUGAAACCAAACAGCAUCACCAUGGAGAUCCUGUCGUACCUGGCUUACGAGACUGUUGCCCAGAUUGUGGAUUUGUCUCUGUUGGUGAAGCAGGAAAUGGCAGCGAAGACAAAUCCCAUCAGUCACGUGAUCUCUGCCAGCUACAUCCACUACAACACUCACACAGAGGUAAAGAAGGAUCCUGACUCACCUGAAGCCACUCCCCCUUCCACACCAGGCUCCUCCCACUCAUCAAAGCCCCUCCUGCAGGGUAACGGCAGUCUGGACGGCCGGGCGAGACAGAGGAAGCGCAAAAAGAGCUGUCCGGCUACAGUCGAACCUCCCAGUGGAGCCAUCCAGCCCUGUCACAUCAGAGAGGCGAUCAGAAGAUACAACUACAGACACACAAGCGCCUAUUCGAGAAGCGGGAUGGCCUUCCUCACCUGCUGAAGAUGCAAAACAUUCUUACAAGAACCUUCACAAAUGUUUUUUUGUUCUAAUUGUUAUAAUAAAAGAUUUUUUCAAGAA